AAAUAUCAGAAUUGUAGUGAAGAAAUGUCAGAAUUGAUGAUAGAAGAAUAUCAGAAUUGUAGUGGAGAAAUAUCAGAAUUGAUAAUAAAGGAAUAUCAGAAUUAUAGUAGAGAAAUAUCAGAAUUGAUGGUAAAGGAAUAUCAGAACUAUAGUGGAGAAAUGUCAGAAUUGAUGGUAAAGGAAUGUCAGAAUUAUAGUGGAGAAAUGUCAGAAUUGAUAGUAGAGGAAUGUCAGAAUUAUAGUGGAGAAAUGUCAGAAUUGAUAGUAAAAGAAUGUUGA